AUGUCUAUCAAGAAUAUCUCUUCGUCUUUAGGCUCGUUUGAACUGGUCGACUCAUCCGAUACUUCGGCGAGUCGAAAAGAGCACAAGUCAGCUUACGACUGGAAACCUACUCAUUGGGUGAAAUUUCCUGUACCGGAGAACUAUGAUGUUUUCAGUCCACCAUGGAUCAGGCCUGAACAGGUCUCUAUGAGUUUUGUUGGUGUCAACAUUGUGGAUGUCGAGAACUCGACCAUUCUCAAAUCUAUGACUGUCAAGAUCAAGUCAGGGAAAAUCGAGUCUAUCUCAAAAUCAGCGUUUGCACAUAUGCAAGAAGACGGCUGGGAAAGCGUCAACGCUGAAGGGUUAUAUCUUUGUCCUGGUCUGAUAGAUGUACAUACGCAUAUUACUGCUAUUCCUGGUCUACCAGCAGGACAAAUAUCAGCCACGUCUGAUACUCAGACUGCUUUAGCGACUACAUACGUCCUCAAAGGAAUGCUCUUUAGAGGGUUCACAACUGUUCGAGAUGUCGGAGGGGCAAAUCGACAUUAUAAGAAUGCCACUGAACAAUGGUUGAUUCCCGGACCGAGAAUAUUUCAAGGUGGUCCAAUGUUAUCACAAACAGGUGGUCACGGUGAUGAUGGACCAGACAAAGCGAUCACCGGAUGUUGUGUUAGCUCCGGUUCAAGUGAUAGUGUUGUCGUUGACGGUGUGGACCAGUGUACAAGAGCCGCAAGGCAGAUCAUGAUGUCUGGAGCCGAUCAUAUUAAAAUAUGCAGCUCAGGAGGUGUAGCUAGUAACACCGAUAAACUAGACAGUGAACAAUUCACCGUAGCCGAGAUUAAAGCCAUCUGUGAUGUGGUUAGGAUGAUGAAAGGAACUCUAGUCACCGCACAUUGUUUUACAAGCCAAGGCGCUCGUAACGCUAUUGAAGCAGGCAUUGGUGGUAUAGAACAUGGCCAUUUGAUAGACGAUGAUACGCUCAAAUUGAUGGCUAAGAAAGGCGUUCAUCUGACACCAACAUUGAUCGUUCAAGAGCUAUUAGCGAGACCUCCAUAUCAAGCCAUGAUACCACCGGCUUCAAGGGAGAAACUGAAACUUGUCGUUGACGGAGGAUACAAAGUCAUCAAGAGAGCACAUGAAUUAGGCGUCAACGUGGCCUACGGAACCGAUUGCUUCAACGCGAUGCAACCUGCGCAAUUGUCUGAAUUUGACCUGCGAGCAAAAGUUUUACCUUCAGACGUUAUUCUCAAACAAGCUACUGUCAAUGGAGCCAAAGUAUUGAAAAUGGAAGGUCAGAUUGGUGUCAUUCGUGAAGGUGCUUUCGCAGAUCUACUCUUACUUUCUGCGAACCCUCUUGAGGAUGUAACUAUUUUGAACGAGCCUCUCAAAUACCUCAAAGGUGUGGUCAAAGACGGCAGAGUUGUUAGAUCGGAAUUGAGGGGGCUAAGGGUUGAGGUUCCGCUAGUAUAG